AUGGGCGCUCAGCUUUCUCUGGCCUCUCCCCACCCCCCCGCGCGGCGGCCAAUAGCGGCGGGCGGUGGUGGUAAUGCUGCGGAGUGGAGUUUGCAUGCCGCUGAUGCCGCGGGCUGGAGCGGCGCUGCCGCGGGGGCUGACGGGGUAUUUCGGGAAGGGGGUGUGAGAGGAGGAGGAGGCGGCAGGCGCUGUGGCGGCCGCUCGGGCAGCCUGUGGAGGCAACCGAGAAAAAGAGAAAGAAAGGAAGGAAGAGAGCGUGGAGUCCUUAGGAGGAGGAGGCGGGACCGGCCGGGCUCCUCACCUCUCUGCGGCGGCGGGCGGCCCGGGAGGCGGUUCCCCCCCUGCCCACGGGCUCCUCAGUUCAGCCGGCCGCCGACCCGCGGCCCCGGGCAGCUGCUGAGGCCACCGGGGUGGCAGCGGCGGGCCGGGGCGUCGGCGGAGGCUGGAGUGGGCGCGGCGGCGACCGCCAUGGCGUUCCUCAAACUCCGCGACCAGAAAAAGCAGCUCAGCUAAGAUGAAUUAUUUUAUUUGGAGGAAAGCAGGAUGAGAUCUGAAUAAGUACAGGGAAAUUUUGGAUUGGGAAUGGUACAGGUCAGAAAGAACCUACUUUCUUCAUAAACAUGGUAUGCUAAAUCUGUGUAAGUUCCAUAGGGUAAAAUCACAUAAUUAAUCAAACAGGACUUGGAAAGAUAUAUCUAUCUGUCUUGCCAAACCCAUUGCUGUCCAGUUGAUUCUGACAUGAUGACUCCAUGUGUGUACAGUAGAACUGCACCCUGUAGGAUUUUCUUGGAUGUAGCCUCUAUGGAAGCAGAUCGCCAGGUUUUUCUUCCGUAGUGCCACUGGGUGGGUCCGAACCUCCACCCUUAAGGUGAUCACUACAGAGAAUAUUUUGCAUGUUCUCAUGAAUUACUGGAGUCCUGGUGCCAUAGUGGUUAAGAGCCCAGCUGCUAACCAGAAGGUCUACCAGCCACUCCUUGGAAACGCUGUGAGGCAGUUCUGCUCUGUCCUAUUGGGUCCUUAUGAGUUGGAAUCGACUCGGCAGCCUCAAGUUUCAGGAACACAGGAGGAAAGGAAGACAUCUCAGGAUCCCAUUUCGAGGGUCCUUUGGCUCCGUAUUCACUGUCAGAACAUUUUCUUCAAGAGUCCUGGGCCAGACACCUGGAUUUCCAGAUGGGUUUUGUAGUCAAGGAGAUUUUAGAUAGCGGAGGUGUUUCACUUAUGUAGAAAAGUUCAGUUAUCUAAAGAAUUUAUUUUAUAAAAUACCACAAAACUUUGUGACUUAAAACAA